CGUCCCAACAUGGCGGCCCUGGGAGGGAGGGAGGAGCCGUCUGAAGCGAUGACGUAGGAUUGGAAUGAGGGAGUGAAUGUUCCGGGUCAGAAUCUGGACGCUAGAGGAAAUUAAGUACGGCAACUACGCGAAGACACGCCAGUGGUUCUGUUUUCCCCCGGCCUCACGGAGAUGUAGCCCGGUUCCAUGCAGUAAAAGCGACGGUGGCGGAGCGGUGUUAGGCGGGUGCCUUCAAAGUGAGCAAAGUGACGACAGACGGAGAGUGAUUCCCAUGUCGGUCGCCACUUAACAAAACGCCACCUUGGACUUGUUUACGGCUGGAAUUUCGCUGUGAACCACCUGUUAAUUUCGCUUUGCGGGUAUUUGUUAUUUUUUCAACGCCGGGGCUGUCCCGUCGCGGCAAUCUGUUGCGUUCUCUCAAACCUGUCUGUUUAUUCCAUUCACCCGCACCACCCCCGCGAUGUUUCACUGUAUCCCCCUGUGGCGGUGCAACCGUCAUGUGGAGACGAUCGAUAGACGCCACUGUUCGCUGCUCUUUGUGCCAGAUGAAAUUUACCGCUACGGACGCAGUUUGGAGGAGCUCUUAUUGGACGCCAACCAACUUCGGGACUUGCCCAAGCCAUUUUUUCAGCUGGUGAAGCUAAGAAAACUCAGCCUGAGUGAUAAUGAGAUCCAGAGAAUUCCUCAAGAAAUAGCUAACUUCAUGCAACUGGUAGAGCUGGAUGUAUCGCGAAAUGAUAUUAUGGAAAUCCCAGAGACCAUUUCACAUUGCAAAGCCCUUCAAGUCGCAGAUUUCAGUGGGAAUCCAUUAACAAGGCUACCUGAAAGCUUUCCAGAGCUCCGGAAUCUCACAUGCCUUUCCAUCAAUGACAUCUCAUUGCAAGUCCUACCAGAUAACAUUGGAAACCUUUCCAAUUUAGUAUCCCUAGAACUCCGAGAAAAUCUGUUGACAUUCCUCCCAGAUUCACUGUCGUUGCUUCACAGACUGGAAGAACUUGACUUGGGGAAUAAUGAAUUAUAUAAUUUGCCAGACACAAUAGGCUGUCUUGUCAGUUUAAAGGAUUUGUGGCUGGAUGGAAACCAGUUGGCCGAAAUACCCGCGGAGAUGGGCAGCCUGAAGAGCCUAUUAUGUUUGGAUGUGUCUGAAAAUAAACUGGAGCGACUUCCCAUGGAGCUGGGAGGCCUGUCGGCAUUGACUGACUUGCUGGUGUCGCAGAACCUCAUUGAUGCUUUACCGGAAAGCAUUGGAAAACUACGCAAUCUAUCUAUCCUGAAAGCCGAUCAGAAUAGGCUGACGUAUCUGCCGGAGAGCAUCGGCAACUGUGAAAGUCUUACUGAGCUUGUGCUUACAGAGAAUCAAAUACAGCGCUUACCAAGAAGCGUAGGGAAAUUGAAGCGGCUUUCCAACUUCAACUGUGACCGAAACCUCCUAACGUCAUUGCCCAAAGAGAUUGGAGGCUGUAGUGGGCUGAAUGUCUUCUGUGUGCGAGAGAACCGACUGACGAGGAUACCACCGGAGCUGUCGCAAGCCACAGACCUGCACGUGCUUGAUGUUUCGGGAAAUAGGCUCGCCCACUUGCCCAUGUCUCUGACCACGCUUCGCCUGAAGGCUUUAUGGCUGUCGGAAAAUCAGUCGCAGCCCCUCCUCACCUUUCAGACCGAUGAGGACCCUGAUCUGGGCGAGAAGGUUCUGACGUGUGUGCUCUUGCCUCAACAGCCUUUUGAGUCUGACAACAAAGGCUCAGAUAAUCUCGCCCGCUUCGGAGCCCUAGAGAGCCUGGUGAAUGACAUGGCAGAUGACACGUGGGACAACAAAGCCAUGAACAGGAUCAGUGCCAUUCACUUCCUGGAUGAUGACGAGGAGGAAGAUGAUGAAAAGGGAACGCUACUGCGCCGCGCCACUCCCCACCCGGGCGAGCUGAAAACGAUGAAGAAAGCGGCAGAGAACCUCCGCAAUGACCUGAAUGCUGCCAAAGCCCUGGACUCCAACAAGAACGAGGUCAAUAAUCUGGCAGACAAUGUGACCACGUCUGUGUGACCUAUAAUUUUACCUUUUCGGAUUUAUGUUUUUACCUCCUGUGUCUCACCAUGUCGUCCCGCACAAUCCGGCAACCCCUUUUAUUUUAUUUUAUUUUUUUAAAAUCUGCCUUUAACCCGACAAACCCUGCUGUGGCCUUCCCGUCCUGUGAUUGAACCCUGGAACUCCUGUCAAGCUUCAUCCUCCCUCAGGGCUGCUGUGCCUUCCUGUUUUUAUUUCACAUCCACAGCAAUAAUGCUCAUAUGAAAUUAUGUUUUAAAAACUUUUUAAAAUGCUUUUUUUUUUUUUU